CUGGAUAGUUGUGUCCUAAAAAUUCAGAUACUAAUGAAACAACUUUGCAAAGGGUUGAAGUGUCUUCCUGAGUCAUCAAUUUAUUAAUGAAGAAUGACUUGUGUUGAACAAGACAAGCUGGGUCAAGCAUUCGAAGAUGCUUUCGAGGUACUGAGGCAACAUUCAACUGGAGACCUUCAGUACUCGCCAGAUUACAAAAAUUACCUGGCUUUCAUCAACCAUUAUCCUCAUGUCCGAGGAAGUUCCAGCUGCUACGGGAUGCUGCCUCCAGAGGAACCUUUCUAUAAUUGGAGAACCAUAAUAAAUAGUGCUGCGGACUUCUAUUUGGAAGGAAAUAUUCAUCAAUCUCUUCAGAGCGUAACUGAAAACCAGUUGGUACCACCUGUCCUUUUCCAGCAAAAGGGAGGAAAAGGCAGGAAGAAGCUCCGACUGUUUGAAUAUCUUCACGAAUCCCUGUGUAAUCCUGAGAUGGCCUCUUGUAUUCAGUGGGUGGACAGAACCAAAGGCAUCUUCCAGUUCGUAUCGAAAAACAAAGAAAAACUUGCUGAACUUUGGGGGAAAAGAAAAGGCAACCGGAAGACCAUGACUUACCAGAAAAUGGCCAGGGCACUGAGGAAUUAUGGAAGAACUGGGGAAAUCACCAAAAUCCGAAGAAAGCUAACUUACCAGUUCAGUGAGGCCAUUCUCCAGAGAUUCUCUUCCUCUUAUCUCUUGGGGAAAGAGAUUUUCUACUCUCAGUAUGUACAACCUGAUCAAGAAUAUCUCAGUUUAAAUAACUGGAAUGCAAAUUGUAAUUACACAUGUGCCAGCUACCAUGAGUUAAGUCAUCCUGAUUGCUAAACACUCAUUUUAUGGUUGUCUGACACCAGAAAUCUCUCAGGAUUUAUCUCUUAAAGCAAAUGAUGGAGAGAGAAAAAAAACAACUCACUUAACUUCAUUGUUGCUAUAUUUUAUCAAAUAGCAUAAAAUCUACAUUAACUUGAGAAAUUCUGCUAAUGAACAACUUUAUUAUUUCAGAUGAUCCAGCCCCUCUGCCAAGUAUAGACUAAAUACUCUUUCUAUCCUCUAUUCAGCAACUUUCUUCUAGAUUAACAAUGCCAGUACAGAUGAUUUGAUUUGUGUAUUGAUUUAAACAUUUUCCUGUCAUAUACUCAGGUGAAAAAUAAUGCCAACGUGUCUGAAAGCUUUACUAAAAAAAAAUCAUUUACAAAGAAAUGAUUGCAUAUGAUAGUGUUUAUGUCAAAAUAUGUUCAUGGCUUUAAAAACAUCAGUGGGUGUCCUGAACCUAUAUUUUCUCCACAUUUCCACUCAUGAGCUGUAAUUCUGUGAGACUAGAGAGAUGCCAACUUUCUUAAAGACAAUAAAACUGAAGCUUACACCUCCCACACAUUGUUUAAUCGGGUGCUGUCCUACCAUGUAGCCACAGGGAGGGGCUGUUGCCCUGUUAUCUCUCUGGCCUAACCUUGGAACAUGGUCUUCCUUUGAACAAACCCAACUCAGACCAGGUUAGUACAGUUGCAGAAGAAAAAGAGUUUGAUAAAGGCUGGAAACUAG